GGAAGCAGCCAUGGUCUGAGGAGGGCGCCUCACCUGUCAGCCGCGCGGGCUCCUGCGCUCGGCUCCGGCCCUCGGGUCCUUCGCGCUCGGUGCUUUCGGGACAGGGGCGGUGGCGGCCGGGUCACCAUGAUACAUUUCAUAUUGCUCUUCAGUCGACAAGGGAAAUUGCGGCUGCAGAAAGGGUACACCACCCUCCCCUACAAAGAAAGGAAAAAGGUCACUCGGGAAAUUGUUCUGAUUAUUCUCUCUCGUGGUCACAGGACAAGCAGUUUUMUUGACUGGAAGGAGCUAAAACUUGUUUAUAAAAGGUAUGCUAGUUUGUAUUUUUGCUGUGCAGUAGAAAAUCAAGACAAUGAGCUUUUGACACUAGAGAUCGUUCACCGUUAUGUGGAGUUGCUGGACAAAUACUUUGGAAAUGUCUGCGAGCUGGAUAUUAUCUUUAAUUUUGAAAAGGCAUAUUUUAUCCUUGAUGAAUUUAUAAUAGGUGGAGAAAUUCAGGAAACAUCCAAGAAAACUGCUGUCAAAGCUAUUGAAGACUCUGAUAUGUUACAAGAGACAAUGGAAGAAUACAUGAACAAACCUACAUUUUAACUGUACAUCUACUUGAAGACUCCGAGUGCUAUGAAUUAUAAAUUUACAAACAAGCAAUGCCUUACAGUCAGUCUUGACAAAGCCUCUGGCACCAUGCCAAAAAUAACUUAAAGGGAUUCUUUGUUAACUAGCACAAAUUGAAGUCAUUUAACAUGAUAUAUUUAUAAUUGCUACACAUCUGUAUUAUACUAUAUAUGAGUACHUUUUG